UGGCUCUCACAGCCUACUCUCUGUAGCUGGCUUAACAUAGUGAUGCUGUAUGCUGUAUGCUGAUGUUCAUUCAAUGUAGGUACACUUAAUCUAAAAUACGUUGCAGAAAUAUAUGAAUAUUCAGUAAAAAUUGCUUAUGAUGUUCCCGCAUAAUACUUUUUCCAACCUAUUAUGUUCACAAAAUUAUUCCUUUUCUAACUUCCAUAUGUUAUACCUUUUCAUUUAAAACGUUUGUGUUUAUAGAUGCUUCUCGCAUAUAAUGUUCAGUGUUUUGAGGAAAAAAAAAAUUACAUUUAUCAUUUAUCUUUUAAACUAUAUCCGUCAUUAAACUUUCAUGCUUUUAUUUCUAAAAAAUAACAAUUAAUUUAAUAAAGACUCAUAAUCAUCAAAACCUUUGUCACACUCCACACACUGUUACAAGUUGUAGUUUUUGACCAAUCAUCAGCUUGCCUUUAUAAUGACUUUGUGAGGUUGUUCCAGUUUGAGGGCGUACCGGUGUUGCGAUCUGAAUUAUUGGUGGAAAUAGUGGGCGCCACCACGUGAGUGGGCACGUGGACCUGGCGUGAUACUCUUGCUCAGGGUGUUACGUGGCCUGUGUGCGGUGAGAUAUUAGCCUCCUGAUAUUUAAUUCGGCACCUGUCCCUAACCGAGCCCGCUCUCAGCGUCGGGCACGCUUCUACUUAACCGCAGUGGGCUCUUAGGGCGUCCCACACGCCGCUGACUGGGUUAAGGACCCACGUGGCCCCCCCGAACACAAAGACACGUGACUCAAUUAAGUUGGUUUUAUUUACUUACACGUUACACGCCCUCGUACAAUCCUUCCUUGAUACUGUUAGAAAACGCCCGAGGCACGAAUCGGUUUAGUUGAGGAGGCGGAUCACACACGUGGUCGCCUCAAACCUUUACUUAUAACACAGGUGGUUAAAAACUCCGGAGAGUAUAGAAAUCACUAAUUAAACAGCCUCACCGACCAAGAGAGGCCCCAAGGAUGAAGAGAAAACGAUUUGAAUUAAUUAACUGAACAGAACUACUUAUCGGUGAGACAACGGUGAUGUCCUCGGGGUGUCUGCAGAGACGUCCGCUCUCGGCCGGCUGAAGAAGGAGACUGGGCUGAGACAAGGGCUUGCAGCAGGCAACAUGGCGCCUUUCGCGCCGAACACAAUUACCGUUACAUCUCUGCGACUGCGUGCCCUGGGUUAUUAUUGAAAAUAACAUGAACUCUUUAUAAAAAUUAGCAUUUACACAUCCAUGACCAGACCGUCUGUAAUAAUUUCUUAUGUGGUAAAAUAGUUUGAAUAAAUGUUAUACGUUGGUUCCGUCGUCGCCCGCUAGGGAGCACCCUUGUCCGUGCUUGCACGUAUUUUAUUACAAAAACCUAAUAUAUUAGUAAAACAAAAGACACUCACUUACUGGCUCGUCGGGACACUAUUUUAGGGGCGAAAAGAAAAGGUUACAAUAUUAUGAAUUACAUAUAGGGGUGCGGCACACUGCAGCUAAGCGCCCUCUUGCUGGGCUACCAACACACGCACACACACACGCACCAGCGGGGGGUUUGAACAGAGAUGGUGGUGUUUGGGCGGUGGCAUAUCGGGCUCAAAGGGGCUGCAGGCCCGGACGACGUCAAGUUGUACACCAUUUCCCUCAUUCAAAGCAUAAUGUAUUGACGAAAACACAGCUGUGCCGCGAAUUUUAAAUAAUUGGCAAAAAUUAAUGGGCCAUUCUCCCAUAAGUGUAAAUUUUAGCUGUAUAAAAUUUUGAUUUAUAAAAGUCCUUUUUUAUGCUGGUUUUGAUUAUAUCUUAACUCGUUAUAUAUUACAAAAUAGGAACCAGCACUUGUACGCAAACUUUAAAGUUAAUUAAUUUUUAACAGCAGUUUGAAUACAAUAAAAAAAUUAUAAGAUGUCACUACUGUCCCUUCAAGAAGCCUCAUAAAUAUAACUGUAAAUAGUUAUUUGCUGCUACAUAUAUAGUAUUGUGUCUUAAUAUAUUAAUAUAUAAUUUAAUUAGAAAUAGAUAAGUUAUACAGGAUAGGUGCAGAGAUUAACAUUUAAAAAAAUAGCCAUUCAAAAGUAAUAACAAAAACUUGAUAAAUUUAUGUUACACGGUAUUGCUUAAUUUAUCAAGGUCCAAAAACAAAGUAAAGUAGCACUUAUGCUGUUCAAUAAAACACAAUAAGCUACUGGUUAUCCCAGUAUUAAAAAAAUUGUGUGCAGUUAAAAUGUACAAUAUUACGCUCCUGUACAAUAAGAAUCAACUUAUGAAUGAGCUAAAACAUGUUGCAAUUUUCUGUCUAUUUCAACAUCACUUGCGAUUGUAAAAUGUCUUGAAGACACAGGGCACGGUGCAGCUUCAAUCAAACACAAGAUUUCAUCUUCAGGCACUAUAUGACUGUCUGGUUUGGUAGGCCAAUAAAACCGCUUUCCAGCUCGGAACAUGAAAGUGAUUGUCACCAUGUUGCCAUCAACAUCUUCAACUAAGCCUGUAAAACCCAAUCAACUUUUGUAGAAUUAUUUAUGUUUGACUAAUAAAAUUAAUUGUUUCUUACUUAGCUGAACUUACCUGGAUACCACUGUUCAUCAUAAAUAACUGCAACCCAUUUUCCAACAAGUGAUGUUUUACUGUAAUUUCUUUUAGAUUUAUUUACAAGUGUUGAUCCAUUGCAGUCAUUGUCUAAAUGCAGAAAAUUGAGGAAAAUAACUCAAUGCAGAUACAGUAGAACCCCUGUCAUACACUUUUCAACGGAGGGCACAAAAAUGGUGUAUGAUGGGGGAAAGUGUAUGAAAUGGGAAUGGCAAUAAUGAAAUUUUUUUCCAAUCUAGCAUACCAGCACAAUGCCAGAUUAAACAUAAAUACAUAUGUGUAAAUAAUUGCAUUACAUUAAUGAAAGAUAUGAAUUCAUAAUUAUAUUAUACAUAUAAUAAACCCACCAGAAAUGUAAAAUACAGUCCAUAAUCAAGUAAAGCUGACAUGAGAAACAGUGGCCUUAAAAAAUGUUAUGAAGUCCUUUCUUGGAGGGGGGAAAAGUCACCAAGCCUAAAUUAGAAAUUAAAAAAAUUAGGCUAUUGUAAAAAAAAACAGAAAUUUUUGCUUGUUUAUUACAUUUUACAAACAACUUUAUGCAACAGAACAAUUUUCAAUAAAAUUUUAACUUGAGAAACGUAAAAUACAAAACAAUCCAAUCGUAAAAAAACAAUAACAAACGGGUAUAUUCAGUUCAAAGAUAAAUGACUGCACAAAAUAUGAGAUCCGUGCCUUGGUAAAGCACGUGCACCAUUUUCAUGAUCAUUUCUUGUUUGCGCCACUAGUCUCGCUUGGUGCUGGCCAUAGAUGCUACUAGCGAAGUGCACAGUCUUCCUGAUACUAUCCAUAUCUAUGGUGCAAUAAAGUUAUUUUCUUACGUUUGCAAAUGUAAACAAUGAUCGUUUUUCAAAACAAAAGCAUUAAAACGGAGUUUAUAAGGAGGAAUAUAAAAAAAGUUUGUGAAUUUUAGGACUUUUCCGCUUCGUAAAAACGUAUGAAACGGGAAAUAAAUGGUUUUAUAAGUGUAUGUUCCGGGAAAGUAAACCAUUGUAAAUAUAGUACUUUCGGCGGGACCGAAAUUAAUCGGCGUAUGACACGGGAAAAUGUAUGAAACGGGAACGUAUCAUCGAGGUUCUACUGUACAUAGAUUAUGUGAUGCAAAUCAAGUAAAUUGUGUACUGUGUCUCUCAUUUAAACUACAGAACAACAAUCUCAAUAAGAGAACUUUUUAAUAGUAACCAGGAAGUUGUUAAAAACAAAUGUAAUAUGAACAGAACAUAACUACUUACAUGGAGAAUAACAUUACAUAUAAUGCUUUGUAAAAGGAUACUUGCAACCAAAGAGUGAUGCUGAUGAAGUAAAUCUACAGAUGAGGGAUUUAAGCUAAAAUGUUUGCAUUCUUUGUUGGUAGCGCACAUGAAACAACUCAAGUAUCGUAUCUGUAGCUUUGAAGGAUCAUUUUUAUUCCAUGUAACUUGGUGUAGUUUCAUUGUAUUAGGUACUGGAAUACAAGAACUACUCAGUUUUAUUUCAUCAACAUUUGUUAUAUCUGUUUCUUCUACUUCAAAAAGUUUGAUAUUAAGAUUGCAAUUUGAUAAUGUUUGUAACAAUCUUUUAGCAUCUAUUAUGUCUGUUCCAUAUGCUACGGCCUGAUCUGCUGUGUUCUUUAAAACUCCCCCUAUUCCAUCUGCUGGACCCUUUCCAUGUCCACUUUCAGUAAAGUUCCAUGUAACAUUUUCUAGUUGGAAUUUGCGUGCAAAUUAAGUCAGAAGAAAAAAAUUAGUUCUGUUCCUAUAUUGAGUUGUUGGCCCAUCACUUUGAAAGUGUACUGUGUUGACAUCUGGGAACUCAUCUUGAACAACCUGUAGUAUCCUAUGCACAUGGGCCCAUACGGCACAGGCAUCAUGCCUCAAACACUUGGAUAUUGUACAAAAAGACAUCACAGAAUAACCAUCUUGGUUUUGUGUAACUACAUUACUGGUUUCUUUAACUUCCUUGUGAAAGUAAAUUACACCUGUGUGUAGUGUAACCUGAUCUUUAGAGGCUCCAAAAUGUGCACUCUGAACUUCUUCAUUACACUUGCAAACGUAAUUUUCCGAAAAAUCAAUGACAACAAGAAUUUCAUUUGCAUUAAGUGAUGUUUUAAGCUUCUUAAGUGUAGAAAAUUGAUGCCACCAAUUGAAUGUGUGCUUUAGAAAACUUGCUAAGUUUUCUUGAGCUUUUGCAAUGAGCUGUUGGAUGUCACAAACAAUUUUUUCUUUCUUUGUUAAUUUAACGUUGAUAGUUUUCCCAUUUUUGUCAAUUCGUUUUUUGGUUUUUGGAGUCCAUUGAUAAUAAAAUGUCUGUUCCGACAGUUUGCUUUCUACUGUUUCUAUGGGCAAAGCCUUAUUUUCACAACGACUGCAUUCUCGGUACAUACAUUCUUUGGAAAGUUUACUACAACAAACAAAGUUACUCACGUCACUGACAUUUUUGACUUUCAGCAGUUUAUGAUAGUGUAGCUUAUCUAUCAAAAAUUGGUAGUUUGCACGUUUUGUGCAUAAACAAGUAUCCCUGUCGGACACUUGAGGAUGAACAACCCAAAACGGUUUCAGUUUACAGAAGGUUGCAUAUGAUAUGCUAAUGUUGUUUGGUUUAGUUUCAUUAAAUUUCCUAUGUAAAUUCUUCAAUGAAUCUAGAAGAACUCUUUUUUUCUUUUUGGUUUUGUUCUUUGUGACAAACUCUUUUUUACCAGGUGUCAUAGAGCUGUUGACAUCUUCCUCAUAAAAUCUACAAACCAUAUCUUUUGUUUGUUGCGACAUUGCAUUUUGUUUUUGUUUUCUUUUGACAGGUUGUCUUCCUAUAUGAAGUCUCUAUCGAACACUGAGAAAUCCUGUUUCGUGUAAAAGUCUGUAUUUUUUUACAAUUUUACCAGAAACAAUAUUUGUGAGGCAUCGCUUAUCUUUCUCUGUAGAAUGUUUUGCAGUGUUGGAUAGCUCAGACAUAAGUACUUCACCAAAAAGCAGUUUUUUUUAAAUGUCUUUCUGGGUGCCUGAUUUUAGCAUUUUCUUCACUUUAGAAUUUGGUGAUGGAGAACCCAUUGUAUUAUUUUGUACCUUGAUUCUUAGAAGUCGUUUCUUUAGUUUCUCUGCCUUCCUCUUGUAUUUAUCAACAUCUUUCUCACUUCUUUUAAGAGCUCGAUACACUGCACUUCUAUUCUUCCUUUCGUUUUUCCUGCCCGAUUGCCUUCUCUUGUUGGGAAUUGUUCUGUCUUGAAUUGGUGGUGGUGUUGGUGACGAAGUCUCUAGAAAAGCUACCACUUCAUCAUGAGCUUUCUUAGUUUGUCUGCUUUUUCUUUGCCUUUCUCUCCAGUCUUUCCUCCUUUGUCGCUUCUCUCUAGGCGAUAAAUCUGUGAUUAACUUUAUUUUGCCUUUCUGCUUUCUUGUCUGGUAAAUUUCUCUCUCUCUUUGUCUAAAUCUUUCUCUUGCCUCAGGAUCCUGUUUCAUUCUUUCCCUUUGCUUUCUUUUUUUCUCCCGUUCUUUCAAACGUUUUUCUUCUGUUGUUAUCUUCUUACUUUUUUAGCAGAUGAUAUCUUGUUGCAUAACACUUUUGUACUAUGGCACAAUGGCACAUCAGAAGUAGGCCUAAUGUCAUUGUUUAUGGUAUCUGAUUGCACUUUUGCUUUCCCUUUUUUUACUUGCUGAUUAGAUGUGAUCCCCAAACUUGUUGAAGGAGCAUUAUAGUCAAAAAGAUCCAUGUCACCUUUGAAAACCAGUUUCACAUGUAUUUAGAUUUCAAAUUUCCAUUUGCAAUUAAACCAUUUUAUUUAUUUCCUAAAAAAAAAAAAAUAAUUGUAACUACAUAGUUACAUAAAAAUACUAAUUAACAUAUAUGCAGAAGUCUCUACUGUCCUGUUGUUGUCACCACUGUCCCCAUGACAACAGUUGCUUAUAAGGAACAGUAGUGACUGGGACAGUAGUGAAAAUAUUAUUAAAAUGGCCACUUUUAAAUAGGUUAGAAUUUACUAGGAAAGAUACUAAGACCUUACUGAGGAUAAGUUAGAUUCGAAUCUGAAAAAAUACCGGAUCGUACCAUAAUUAUCGUACACACCUUAAAAACCCGGAAAUUCGUUCGUGCAACAACAGCCUAAGUCAAGUCCUUAAAUUGAAGUGUAUAAAAAAGGAAAAAAAAAAUAUAUAUAUGCAUGGUCAUGAACUUAGACAUGUUAAUAAAAUGUUUGCAAGUCAAAUCUUCAAAAUUAAAUAAAAAUAUAAAUGUUUAAUUAGGAUAAAAAAUAUUAGAAACAGAAAUAAGAAUUUGAAAACAGCGUAAUUUUGAUAUAUAAAUAUUAAAAUAGACAACAAACGUUUAAAAGGAACCUUAGGUACACCACACAAACAUCAGAACUGGGGGAUAUAGCACCUUUUUAUUUCCACGAGCCCCUUUGUGGUAAAAGUGUGAUUUAUUUCAGACUUGUCAAUAAAAAAAUUAAUAACAAUUAAACUAGAAAAUGGUGCAACAUUCGGCUUGGUGCAAACGUUUAAGGAGACCCUUGGGCAGGGGGGGACAACCAUAUGGGUUUUACUGUAACGCUUUUCUCGGACCUGGAGCUCGUUGUUCAUGCACACAACGCUGCGAGGCGCCACCGGCGAAAUGAAAACCGCCGUCAGUGCUAUCUAGCGUAGGUGGAAAAAACUUUCUACUCCGCUGUGGAAUUCCGAGGACUCUCUCUUCCCCCCCCCUACCCCCCCCCCCCCCCCACCCUACCCAACCACCGGCCUAUCGGGAAGUAAUGUUCCCCGCCUGUGAAGCUCUGUUAUCAGCAGCAAUGUUUCGCUCGUUAGGCUCAAGAUAACAUCUCUCGGUUGACUCUUUGCUUCUUUGUGUUGGUGAACUGCAGAUCGUAUUUUGCUCAGUUCUCAGGACAGUAGCCAUUGUUUUUCUGAUCAAUUACGUUCUGUGAGAUAGACAGCUAAACAUGACUAAAGAAAUAAUUUGAGCGCAAGUGUAACUCUAAUACUUUUUACGUGUUAAGAAAUGCAUUGUACUACGACUCGAGGUAAGAAACACUUUGUGCGCCUAUACUAAAGGAAGCGUAGUUUAAGUGCCCAUAAAUAUUUGUUAUUGUUGAAGUGAUAUAUCGAAAUAAUAUACUAUAUAUGGAAUAACAUAUUGUGAACAAAGAAUAAAGCUAUUUGCUGUUUUAAUGUUUAAAAAUGCCGAGAUACUGUACUUUCAGAAACUGUACCAAUACUUCGCUAACUCACCCAAGUUUACAUUUUUAUUCGUUUCCUGUUUCAAGAAAGGACAUUCUGGAUGUGUGGAUUAUAAGCUGUGAAAAGCCGGACUUAAUUGAUCUAUCUGCUAAUCAGCUUAAAAAUAGAUCUGUAUGUGAAGUUCACUUUACCGCCAAUUCCUUCAUGAAUGAAACUAAACAUCGACUCACCUCAUUUGCCGUACCUACUGAAAACAUCUGCAAUGAAAAUGUUUCAGCUACGAAUAUCGCAUUUCCUUUAUCACAAUCAUCGUGCCUCUCCAAUUGUAACUCACAUAUUUCACACACAAUAGUAACUCCAAAAGAGGAUACAAUCACCACGAACAGCCCGCCAUUGACAGCAUUUCCGUUCGCCCCUGCAGUAAAUACGGCAUUUAACUCGUCUCCAGUAAUUGCACAGACAAAAUCCACGAUGUGUAACUUGUCGGCCAUUGUUCCAGCUACAUGUGCUGCCUCUCCUCCUACAAGAGUGGUGGCCUCAUUAGAACAUCCAUUGCCGACGAACACAACCUCAGUUUGCGCAUUUACUUCAACAACAUUCACAGUGUUGGAGAAUUCUGUAGUGACUGGUUCAGUAUCUGUAACUACUGUUCCAGCGUGCAUACCUUCGGUAGUUUGUGUGUCAAAGUCCAUACAGUCUGCGAAUAUUUCCUCGUCAGUGUGCACUUUGCCUACAGCUAUACCACGAUAUGUUCUGCCUGUGUCUGUUCCGUUAACCAGUUUGAAUACAGAACAGGAUAGUACUGAAAAGUUCUCGGCAGCACAAAGACAGGCGGAAAACUCUGCAAAAGAAAUACGCACAUACUCAAAAUACGAUCGCUGCGGUAUUUUGCAUAAAGUCAGAAGUGAUGGGGUUUUUGUAUUUUCCCAUACUUCCCACUUGGAUUCAGGUGAGAAUACACAAGAUUACUCGAGCAAAAUACUAUGCGGGUCCCAAUUAACACCCAGAAAGCAGAAAUUGAAAAGGAAAAUAGAGAAACAAAAAUCACUCUUGUCCAAGAAACGUGUAAUCAUUUCCAGGCUCAAAUCUAGAAAUCUAUCAGUUGCUGAACUAAUACCCAAAAUGAAUGAAAUAUUUUCCGAACCUGCCGCUGUCUUUAUGUGCAUGCAAUUUACUCACAGGAAAAGGUCUCCAUAUACAGAAAAUGAGAAACGCUUCAGUCUUUCAUGCUUCUAUAAGUCGCCUGCUUUGUACAAACAUUUACGUGAGCAAGGUUUACACCUUCGAAGCCCUGGUGUAAUUAGAACGUGGCUAACACGUGUUCCGAUGACUGCAGGAACUAAUACGGCGUUAUUAAAACAGCUCCAGGCUAAAGUUUCUACAAUGGAUAAUGACCUAGAAAAGAAUGUGACCUUAAUGUUCGAUGAAACUGUUAUUAAAACAUUACUUCAGUAUGACAGAAAAAACGAUAUCAUAGAAGGCUUUGAGGAUAUGGGAGCUGGUAAACGCUCAAAUAAAUUUGCUAAACAAGCCUUGGUGUUCAUGGUAAGGGGCAUGUUUCAUAAAUGGAAACUACCGAUUUCGUAUUUCCUGACAUCGAGUAGCGUAAAAUGUGAUGUACUGAAAGAGUUAAUUAUUGAGCAUAUUACUCUAUUGCAAGAGGCUGGACUGAUUGUAAGAGCGAUUGUGUGCGAUCAAGGGCCCAAUAACAGAGCAGCCCUUCGACAACUUGGUGUUGCUGAAGGAAACCGGUACAUAAAUGUAAACGGCAAAAAAAUACACAUUGUAUACGACGUACCACAUUUAGUAAAGAGUGCCCGGAACAACUUGAUGCAACAUGACAUUCAGUAUGAUGAGGAACGUCGUGCUAGUUGGAGAGAUAUUGAAGAUAUUUAUGCUCUGGACAGUCAAUGUAACAAAGAUAAACAUGCUCCUAAAGCGAGAUCGUUGCCAAAAAUCCAAGAAAAACACAUUGCUCCAAAAAAUUUUCAAAAAAUGUCUGUGAAACUCGCGACGCAAGUUUUCAGUCACUCCAUGGAAGCUGGUCUACUUACUGCAGUUGCUACCAAGCAAGUGGUUUCAGAAACCGCUGUAGACACAGCAGUUUUUGUUGGUAGGGUUAAUAAUAUAUUUGAUGCACUGAACUGCAACUCACUUCACAGCAGAAACCCCUUCUCUUGUGCACUGAGCAACCAUUAUCCAGAGGUUGAAGAGUUUCUCUUGGAUUCAGCUGAGUUUGUGGAUACUUGGGUCGCAGUUGGUGCGAGAGCUAAAAAGCCUCCUUGUUUCAGUGGACUUAGUAUGACGAUCCGUAGUAUUGUAGAUUUGUGGCGAGAGUUAAGAUUGCAAGGCAUCGAAUAUGUUCUUACAUCUCGACUGAACCAAGAUGCUAUUGAGAACAUGUUUUCAGUUUUGCGAUACAGAGGAGGUUUCAAUGCUAAUCCUUCGGCUCAACAGCUCAGACACAACUUAAGAGCUUUCGUCUGCACGCAUCUGCUGAAGCCAGCACAGAGUGCAAACUGUGAACCCGACGAGGAUGCUCUCCUGUCCGUUUUCUCCAAGGCAACGGCAGCUGUUCAGGACGACACAGCUGCGAGAUUUGACCACCUCAGCGAUUGCGACAGUGACGCAGAUGGCAGCGAACUGGCUUCGGAACAUACUACAGAGAUUUCUGAAUGUGAUUCAACCCUGGAGUCCUGCUCUGUAAGGUACGUUGCAGGAUACCUUGCGAAGAAAUUAGAAAACAAGUACCACUGUGUGACAUGUCGUAAGUCUUGUUCUUCUCCAAAUAUGCAAUUAGAAAGUCAUCACAAUUUACUUCUUUUCAACAGAGCUUACAUGGCUAAAGAAGACAGAGUAGGUAAGCUGAUUGCUCCGAGCGAUAUGUUUUUCAAGGUAACUGACAUAACCUUGUCAACAUUUACGGAAGUUUACCCGAAAUGCUGUUCUGACAAAGGAGUCUUGGGAUUGAUUUUUAAAGAAGUUAAAAAACGAGUGAAAAAUGUGUACCCUUGCUGGUUUUUCGGGCCAUGCAAAAAACACAGAAUAUAUGCUCUUAUCCAUUUGAUACGAAUAAGGCUUAACAGAGAAUUGUUUUGGUCAUCGAAAAAAAGUUGCAUUUCUGCCAAGAAGCCGCCUCAAAAACUUAGGAACUUGUUACAUUGUUAACUUGUUGGUUGUCUUCUGGAGGAAAAGAAAAGUGACCUUCCAGGAAAUGGUAUUGUAUCUACCUUGUUAUGCUUUGUAGCACUAAAAGUAGAUUAGUAUUUCUUUCCAAAAACAAAACAUCUUUAUUUUGUGUGUACUUAAGCGGCCGACCUAUCUCGAACAUUAAAUAAUGGUACUCAGAACUAAUGGAGAUACAUUGUCGGUAUUUUAAACGGAUACGUCUGUUUACGUCUCCUACUGUUCAAGUAUGAUUAAACUGUUUUCUUAAUUUUCCCGUUCGUAUCACAGUAAUGCCCCAAUGAAUUUUCUGUUCGCUUGUAUCUCAUUAUACAUAUACUUAUUAAAUAAUCACUUUUCACUUUUAAACUGCUUUCUUAAGUUGAGUAACGUCUAUAGUUCUAAGUAGGUGGGCCUCUUAUAAUUGAAUAGUAUUCUGUGUAUUAAGUACGUUUAGAGUGUACAUUGCUUAUGUAUAUGUUGUUACGUAAAUGUAGUACUUUCAAAUAAGUAAAUGGGUAUUAAGUUAAGUUCAAGUGAUAUGUCAAAUGUUUUAUUACGUAAAUAACGCAAUCUAAUCUGUUCUCGGAGUUCACAUAAAAGCCAACAGCAAUACGAAAACUGCAUAUUAAUACCCGAUAAGCUAAUCUCAUGAUUUUAAAUAUUAAAUACAUUUAUUUUUAAUCACGCCAAUAAUGCCUAUGACAUGCGGAAGUUACUUGUAGAUCACCAACUCUUUUACCUAUUUCAGUUAUUUAUUUUUAUUAAUGCGAUCAAGCUAAUGCAUUAAUGAAUAAAUACAUAACCAUAAUAGGAAUAAAAGUGAUUUUUUAAACAUAAAUAUUCGCUAGGUACCGACUGAAGAUUGUUGAGCGCCAUCGUUAGAAAAUUUCUUGACUGUAGUCUGUGCGAAAAAACCGCAUUUUGAGGUUGCAUAAAAUGUUAGCAACACAAUUAGGCCUAAUGAAAAAGAUAAUAUCACUCUGAUAUAGGACAAUAUUUGAAUGAUAAAUUGUUUUCUAUGUAAACAGAACCAGGAGAAGUAAAGCGUUUUAAAUAUUUUAUUCGCCGUAUUUGUCUCAACGCGGUCAGUAUACGCGCACAUAUCUGUAUCGUCAAAGCGCUGCGACCGCGACCCGUUGUGUGACCUUGAGCUCUUCUGUUUCACUCCUCCCCUCACACUCUCUUCAUGCCAUGCCAUCCCGCUGAUAGUCGUGCAGCGCCAGCCUUAUUGGGUUCCUACUUCGCUCGUUUGGCAGCGCUGCGUACCGGACCUGUAAACCGUCGAGCUUCAUACACACACCACCAGGGCGACGCGAAGUUUUGUGUUACAUUAGAAGACUAGGCGUUGACAGUCUGUAUAUCUUAGUCGUCUGUGCCCUUGGGUACACCACACAACCUUCAGAACUGGGGGAUAUGGCACCAUUUUUUACCACGAGCCCCCCUUUGUGGUAAAAGUGUGUUUUUAUUUCAGACUUGUCAAUAAAAAAAUUAAUAACAAUUAAACUAGAAAAUGGUGCAACAUUCGGCUUGGUGCAAACGGUUAAGGAGACCCUUGGGUACACCACACAACCUUCAGAGUUGGGGGAUAUGACACCAUUUUUUUUUACCACGAGCCCCCCUAAGUGGGGAUUGUGUUUAUUUUGAUCAGACUAGUCAAUAAAACAAUUAAUAACAAUUAAACUAGACAAUGGUGCAACAUUCGGCUUGGUGCAAACAAUUAAAAAGACCCUUAAGUACACCACACAACCUUCAGAACUGGGAGAUAUGGCACCAUUUUUUUUACCACGAGCUCCCCUUUUUGUAGAUAAUGUUUAUUUUGAUAAGAAUUGUCAAUAAAUUAAUUAAUAACAAUUAAACUAGAAAAUGGUGCAACAUUCGGCUUGGUGCAAACGUUUAAGGAGACCCUUGGGUACACCACACAACAUUCAGAACUGGGGGAUAUAGCACCUUUUUUUACCACGAGCCCCCCAUUGUGGUAAAAGUGUGUUUUUAUUUCAGACUUGUCAAUAAAAAAAUUAAUAACAAUUAAACUAGACAAUGGUACAACAUUCGGCUUGGUGCAAACGUAUAAAGAGACCUUUAAAUACACCACACAACCUUCAGAACUGGGGGAUAUGGCACCAUUUUUUACCACGAGCCCCUCUUUGUGGUAAAAGUGUGUUUUUAUUUCAGACUUGUCAAUAAAAAAAUUAAUAACAAUUAAACUAGAAAAUGGUGCAACAUUCGGCUUGGUGCAAACGUUUAAGGAGACCCUUGGGUACACCACACAACAUUCAGAACUGGGGGAUAUGGCACCAUUUUUUACCAGAGACCCCCUUUGUUGGGAUUGUGUUUAUUUUGAUCAGAAUUUUCAAUAAAGAAAUUAAUAACAAUUAAACUAGAAAAUGGUGCAACAUUCGGCUUGGUGCAAACGUUUAAGGAGACCCUUGGGUACACCACACAACCUUCAGAACUGGGGGAUAUGGCACCAUUUUUUACCACGAGCUCCCCUUUGUGGUGAAUGUGUUUAUUUUGAUUAUAAUUGUCAAUAAAUAAAUUAAUAACAAUUAAACUAGACUAUGGUGCAACAUUCAGCUUGGUGCAAACGUUUAAGGAGACCCUUGGGUACACCACACAACAUUCAGAACUUGGGGAUAUGGCACCAUUUUUUACCAGAGACCCCCUUUGUUGUGAUUGUGUUUAUUUUGAUCAGAAUUUUCAAUAAAGAAAUUAAUAACAAUUAAACUAGAAAAUGGUGCAACAUUCGGCUUGUUGCAAACGUUUAAGGAAACCCUUGGGUACACCACACAACCUUCAGAACUGGGGGAUAUGACACUAUUUUUUACCACGAGCUCCCCUUUGUGGUGAAUGUGUUUAUUUUGAUCAUAAUUGUCAAUAAAUAAAUUAAUAACAAUUAAACUAGACAAUAGUGCAACAUUAGGCUUGGUGCAAAGUUUAAGGAGACCCUUCGGUACACCACACAACCUUCAGAACUGGGGGAUAUAGCACCAUUUUAUACCACGAGCCCCCCUUUGUGGUAAGUGUGUUUUUAUUUCAGACUUGUCAAUAAAAAAAUUUAUAACAAUUAAACUAGAAAAUGGUGCAACAUUCGGCUUAGGUGCAAACGGUUAAGGAGACCCUUGGGUACACCACACAACCUUCAGAACUGAGGGAUAUGGAACCAUUUUUUACCACGAGCACCCCUUUGUGGUAAAAGUGUGUUUUUAUUUCAGACUUGUCAAUAAAAAAAUUAAUAACAAUUAAACUAGAAAAUGGUGCAACAUUCGGUUUGGUGCAAACGGUUAAGGAGACACUUGGUUACACCACACAACCUUCAGAACUGGGGGAUAUGGCACCAUUUUUUACUACGAGCCCCCCUUUGUGGUGAUUGUGUUUAUUUUGAUCAGAAUUGUCAAUAAAGAAAUUAAUAACAAUUAAACUAAACAAUGGUUCAACAUUCGGCUUGGUGCUAAGGUUUAAGGAGACCCUUGGGUACACCACACAACCUUCAGAACUGGGGGAUAUGGAACCAUUUUUUACCACGAGCACCCCUUUGUGGUCAAAGUGUGUUUUUAUUUCAGACUUGUCAAUAAAAAAAUUAAUAACAAUUAAACUAGAAAAUGGUGCAACAUUCGGUUUGGUGCAAACGGUUAAGGAGACACUUGGUUACACCACACAACCUUCAGAACUGGGGGAUAUGGCACCAUUUUUUACUACGAGCCCCCCUUUGUGGUGAUUGUGUUUAUUUUGAUCAGAAUUGUCAAUAAAGAAAUUAAUAACAAUUAAACUAAACAAUGGUUCAACAUUCGGCUUGGUGCUAAGGUUUAAGGAGACACUUGGUUACAACACACAACCUUCAGAACUGGGGGAUAUAGCACCAUUUUUUACCACGAGCUCCCCUUUGUGGUAAAAGUGAGUUUUUAUUUCAGACUUGUCAAUAAAAAAAUUAAUAACAAUUAAACUAGUUAAAAGUGCAACAUUCGUCUUGGUGCAAAAGUUUAAGGAGACCCUUGGGUACACCAAACAACCUUCAGAACGGGAAUAUGGCAAAAUUUUUUACCACGAGCCCCCUUUGUGGUAAAAGUGUGUUUUUAUUUCAGACUUGUCAAUAAAAAAAUUAAUAACAAUUAAACUAGAAAAUGGUGCAACUUUCGGCUUGGUGCAAACGGAUAAGGAGUCCCUUAGGUACACCACACUACCUUCAGAACUGGGGGAUAUGGCACCAUUUUUUACCACGAGCCCCCCUUUGUGGUAAAAGUGUGUUUUUAUUUCAGACUUGUAAAUAAAAAAAUUAAUAACAAUUAAACUAGAAAAAAGUGCAACAUUCGGCUUGGUAAAAAUUUAAGGAGACCCUUGGGUACAAAACACAACCUGCAGAACUGGGGGAUAUGGUACCAUUUUUUCCAUGAGCCCCCUUUGUGGAAAUGUGUGUUUUUAUUUCAGACUUGACAAUAUAAAAAUUAAUAACAAUUAAACUAGAAAAUGGUGCAACAUUUGGCUUGGUGCAAUCGGUAAAGAAGACCCUUGGGUACACCACACAACCUUCAGAACUGGGGGAUAUGGCACCAUUUUUUACUACGAGCCCCCCUUUGUGGUGAUUGUGUUUAUUUUGAUCAGAAUUGUCAAUAAAUAAAUUAAUAACAAUUAAACUAAACAAUGGUACAACAUACGGCUUGCUGCAAAAGUUUAAGGAGACCCUUGGGUACACUACACAACCUUCAGAACUGGGGGAUAUGGCACCAUUUUUUACCAAGAGCCCCCCUUUGUGGUAAAAGUGUGUUUUUAAUUCAGACUUGUCAAUAAAUAAAUUAAUUACAAUUAAACUAGACAAUGGUGCAACAUUCGGCUUGGUGCAAACGGUUAUGGAGAUCCUUCGGUACACCACACAAUUUUCAGAGUUAGGAGAUAUGACACCAUUUUUUUCCAACGUGCCCCCCUUUGUGGUGAUUGUGUUUAAUUUUGAUCAAAAUUGUCAAUAAAGAAAUUAAUAACUAUUAAACUAAACAAUGGUGCAACAUUCGGCAUAGUGCAAAAGUUUAAGGAGACCCUUGGGUACACCACACAACCUUCAGAACUGGGGGAUAUGGCACCAUUUUUUACCACGAGACCCCCUUUGUGGUGAUUGUGUUUAUUUUGAUCAGAAUUUUCUAUAAAGAAAUUAAUAACAAUUAAACUAAACAAUGGUGCAACAUUCGGUAUGGUGCAAAAGUUUAAGGAGCCCUUGUGUACAAAACGCAACCCUCAGAACUGGGGGAUAUGGCAACAUUUUUUACCACGGGCCCCUUUUGUGGUAAAAGUGUGUUUUUAUUUCAGAUUUGCCAAAAAGAAAAUUAAUAACAAUUAAAUUAGACAAUGGUGCAACAUUAGGCUUUGUGCUUACGUUUAAGGAGACCCUUGGGUACACCACACAACCUUCAGAACUGGGGGAUAUGACACCAUUUUUUCCAUGAGCUCCCCUUUGUGGUGAAUGUGUUUAUUUUGAUCAUAAUUGUCAAUAAAUAAACUAAUAACAAUUAAACUAGACAAUGGUGCAACAUUCGGCAUGGUGCAAACGUUUAAGGAGACCCUUGGGUACACCACACAACCUUCAGUACUGGGGGAUAUUGCACCAUUUUAUACCAAGAGCCCCCCUUUGUGGUAAGUGUGAUUUAUUUCUGACUUGUCAAUAAAAAAAUUAAUAACAAUUAAACUAGAAAAUGAAGCAACAUUCAGGUUGUUCAAACGGUUAAGGAGACCCUUGGGUACACACACACAACCUUCAGAACGGGGGGAUAUGGCACCAUUUUUUUACCACGAGCACCCCUUUGUGGUUAAAGUGUGUUUUUAUUUCAGACUUGUAAAUAAAAAAAUUAAUAACAAUUAAACUAGAAAAUGGUGCUACAUUCGGCUUGGUGCAAACGGUUAAGGGGACCCUUGGGUACAACACACAACCUUCAGAACUGGGGGAUAUGGCACCAUAUUUACUACGAGCUCCCCUUUGUGGUGAUUGUGUUUAUUUUGAUCAGAAUUGUCAAUAAAGGAAUUAAUAACAAUUAAACUAAACAAUGGUGCAACAUUCGGCUUGGUGCUUAGGUUUAAGGAGACCUUUGGGUACACCACACAACCUUCAGAACUGGGGGAUAUGGCACCAUUUUUUACCACGAGCCCCCCUUUGUGGUAAAAGUGUGUUUUUAUUUCAGACUUGUCAAUCAAAAAAUUAAUAACAAUUAAACUAGCAAAUGGUGCAACAUUCGGCUUAGUGAAAAAGUUUAAGGAGACUUUUGGGUACACCACAUAACCUUCAGAACUGGGGGAUUUGGCACCAUUUUUUACCAGAGACCCCCUUUGUUGUGAUUGUGUUUUUUUUGAUCAGAAUUUUCAAUAAAGAAAUUAAUAACAAUAAACUAGAAAAUGGUGCAACAUUCAGCUUGGUGCAAACGUUUAAGGAGACCCUUGGGUACACCACACAAACUUCAGAACUGGGGGAUACGGCACCAUUUCUUUCCACGAGCCCCCCUUUGUGGUAAAAGUGUGUUGUUGUGUGGUGUACUCAAGGGUCUCCUUAAACUUUUGCACCAAGCCGAAUGUUGCACCUUUGUUUAGUUUAAUUGUUAUUAAUUUCUUUAUUGACAAUUCUGUUAAAAAUAAACACAAUCGCCACAAAGGGGGGUUCGUUGUAAAAAAUUGUGCCAUAUCCCCUACUUCUGAAGGUUGUGUGGUGUACCUAAGGGUCUCCUUAACCGUUUGCACCAAGCCGAAUGUUGCACCAUUUUCUAGUUUAAUUGUUAUUAAUUUUUUUAUUGACAAGUCUGAAAUAAAAACACACUUUU